ACUUGGGCAUCUCGUAUCUCGUAGUUAUCUCCUGUGGUUAUCUCUGUCUCCAACUUGUGUCUCCAACCAGAGAAGAACAACUCUGUUCUAACGGUUCUAACUCUAACCGUGGUUCUAACCAGGUUCUAACCCAGAGACAACAUGUUAUUCAGUUUAUUUAGUUAUUCAAGGGUUAUUCGUUAUUCUAUGAUGUUAUCUCUGUUCUAACCUUAGGUUCUAACUACAAUCCACAAUCUUUUAGAAUAUUUAUAUGAUAUUUUGAAACUAGAAGUUCGUUAUUACAGUUUAGUUCCUGUAAUAAUUAUCAAAAUUUGAUGAAAAUGAAACCAAAAAAAAAUAUAUUUAACGUCAAUGAUUUUGUAUUUGCAAAAAUGUCUGGGUAUCCCCCUUGGCCAGCAAUGGUAAUGUCUCCAAAUAAAGAUGCCCCUACUAAACGUAAAAAUAGCGAAUGGAUAUAUUUUUAUGGAACACACAGUUAUGCUUGGAUUAAAACGAAAAAUAUUCAGCCAUAUGACAGUUACAAGGAUGUGUAUAAAACAUAUAAAAAACCUGACUAUAAAAGGGCUUUUAAAGAAUUGGUUGAUAUUAUAAAGAGUAUGGAAAAUCCUAAUUAUGAGAUCAAGAUUACUGAGUAUGUUCCUAAGGAAAAGAGAGUUACUGAAAAUAAUCUGAAGAAGUAUACUGGUAGUGUCUCAGUUCGAACGAUCAAGAAACCAUUGCUUUUAAAAGGAAAUGACAUAGAUUCAAAGAAAAAAUCAAGCAAGAAUCUAAGAAAGAAAUUUGGAAUUUGUGCAGCAAAUAUUUAUGCUCCAGACAUUAUAGAAAACCUCAUAAACUCUGGUCAUUCUUUGAAUAUUUGGACCCAUAGUUUCGCACUUUUUGAAGAAUUAAAAGAAUAUUCUAAAGAAAAUCCGUCAUAUUUAGAAAUAUUUAAUUCACCUUUAGAAGUGGUUAGAAAUUCAGAUAUAAUUUUCAGUUUACUAUCUGAUCCAAAUCAACCAAAAUUAAUGAUUGAACAAAUGGGUAUAGAACAUUUAAAAGACAAAGGAUAUGUUGAGAUGACCAUUAUGGCCCCAGAGAGAUCGAGAGAGAUUUCAGGGCUUGUUACAAAGGGAGGGGGCACUUAUUUGGAAGCUAUGAUGCAAGGAGAAACGGUAGCUAUGAUUGCAGGAUCAAAAGAUUUGUAUAACGAGUGUCAGUCUUGUUUUAAAGCUAUAGUAAAUAAGAGUGAGUUACUAGGUGAUGAUAAAAGUGUUGGUACUGGUUGCAUGGCCUACUUAAAUAUGAAGAUACUGAGAGGAAUUUUUCUUACGGGGUUACUGAAGGUUUUGCUAUGGCUGAUAAAUGUAACAUUCCACUGGAACACUUUAGUCGUUUUUUUGAAAUUACAGGCUUGUCUAAUAAUUAUUUAAAAGGUAA